AUGAGUUCUCCUUGGCCUUUCUUAGCGUGGGGAAUGGACGUCAUAGGACCCAUUGAGCCUUCAACCUCCAACGGGCAUCGCUUCAUCUUAGUCUCUAUAGACUACUUCACCAAAUCGGUAGAGGCGACUUCCCACAAAUCAGUGACCAAGAAAGUCGUGGCUGACUUUGUCAAGAACAAUCUGAUAUGUCGCUUCGGUGUGCCAGAAUCUAUCAUCACGGAUAAUGGUGUCAAUCUGAAUAGCCAUUUGAUGAAGGAUAUCAGUGAGCAAUUCAAAAUCACUCACGAGAACUCUACUGCCUACCGGCCGCAGAUGAAUGGAGCCAUGGAAGCUGCCAAGAAGAACAUCAAAAGGAUUUUGAGGAAGAUGGUUGACAACUACAAGAAUUGGCACAAGCAGCUGCCUUAUGCUCUGUUGGGAUACAGAGCAACGACCAGAACUUCAACUGGGGCAACCCCAUACCUCUUCGUUUACGGUACAGAAGCGGAUAUACCCGCAGAAGUGGAAAUCCCUUCACUCAGGAUCAUCCAAGAGGCAGAACUGAAGGAUGCAGAAUGGGUCAAGAACCGUUAUGAACAAUUGGCCAUGAUAGAGGAAAAAAGAAUGGUGGCACACAAUUGCAUCCCAGAAACAUCUGUCGAAAUACCAAGCCCAAGGAGGUUCGGGGAGCAUCAAGAGGAAGCAGUAGGCAUGAAGACAAUGAAGUUAAUCGGCGUCUUAGGAAACUCACAAUUUCUCUGUAGAUGCAGGUUUUUCCUUUACAGGACAACAGAUACACCACCAACAAGCUUACUCACAGCAAAAGUGAAAGGCAAGAACCCUAAUGGAGGAGGGAGAUCAAAAGGAUCACAACAAAAACGGGUAAUAAAGACGCAUCUGACCAAAAGGGUCACACAAAGAAUGAACAACAAAGGUGUAUCAGACCAAAAGGGCCACAAUGGAUGA